AUGGGAAAAACUGCACUUGUAUUGCUUGCUGGUGGGGCUGAGGAACUUGAGACUGUCUCUGUUAUCGACAUUUUGGCGCGUGCCAAGGUGAAGGUCGUUGUUGCUGGUGUCGCCGGAACUAGCGUCGUUACAUGUAGCCGCGGUGCAAAAAUUCAGCCUGACGUGGCGCUGGCCGAUGUCAUGGGCACCGCCUUCGAUCUUGUCUACCUUCCUGGCGGCUUGGACGGGAUGCAUGCCUUAGCAAAUAGUGCUGACGUUGGUAAGCUCCUGAAAGACCAGCACGAGAACAAGCGCUUAAUUGCCGCUAUUUGUGCCGCUCCCUGCGCGCUGAAAACUCACGGGAUUUCCAAGGGCGCCAAAGUCACUAGCUACCCUUCGAUGAAAGAUCAGUUGCACUCUUUCUAUAAAUACACCGAGGAGGAUAUUGUCGUGGAUGGACACAUUCUGACAAGUCGCGGACCUGGAACAGCCUCCAUGUUUGGCUUAAAACUGGCCGAGAUGUUGACUGAUCGCGCCACUGCCAAGGCAGUCGCUGAUUCCAUGCUUAUUCCUUACAGCGCCUAA